GCAAUGUUCUGCGGGGGCGGAGUCAGCCAAAAAGGUGGGGUCCUCAAGCAGAAAGUCCCACAUGCUAUGACAAUACAAUAACUCAUCCUCAGUCCAACAAGCUAAACUUGGGAAGGAGCUUCAAGUCAUUUUCGGUUAACUGGAGACAGGAGUUCAUCAUGACACUUCUUCACAUUGUGUUCCAUAGCAUCCUUUUUGCUGCUGUCUGGAGGGUGUCUAUUGAAGAUAAUAUUUUAGUAUAUGGAUAUGAAGGAAGUGGAGCAGAGAUCAGAUGCCCCUAUGACAAUGGAUAUGAGCACUAUGGGAAGUACCUCUGUACCGAGAACUGUGACUACCCUGAUAUUUUAAUUGAAACUAAAUGGCAAGUUAGCCGUGCUGAGAGAGGCAGAUUCUCUCUGUAUCACGACACAAUGAGUAGAAAGUUUAUUGUGUUUGUCAGCAAGCUUACUUUUACAGAUGCUGGGAAAUACUGGUGCGGAGUGAGCAGAAAUGCCAAAGACAUCUAUACAGGAGUCAUACUGCGUGUAGUCAAAGACUGGUGCUGUGACAGCCCCACCUUCAUGCAGGCAAAAAGUCAGGAUCCUGUGUCCAUAAGCUGUCCGUACGAGCCUCAAUAUAACGACAGAGAAAAGUACUUCUGCAGAGGGGCACGACCCUCGGCAUGUUUUCAACGGGCUAUAGUCAAAUCCACACAGGACAAAGCUGGGAGGAUCUCCCUCCAUGACAACCAUGCAGCCAGGGCGUUCACAGUAACAAUCACUGGAUUGGUCAAAGAGGAUUCUGGGUCAUAUAUGUGUGGAAUCCGUAUCAACCAAGGUGUGGAUGUGUUCACUUUGGUUAACCUGGAAGUUAAUGAAACAACAACGACCUUAUCUCCAACAACGACCUUAUCUCCAACAACGACCACAUCUCCCUCAACAUCUUCCACAUCCUCAUCACCAGGCUCAACCAUCAGUAACAUCACCCUUCAGACACAAUCACAUGAAAACACUAUUGGCACCUCUGUUUUCUGGUUAAUUGGUUUGGCCGCGAUCUCUGUGAGUGUGGUUGUCUUGGUGUUUGUAUUCACCAUGAUUUGCAUUUGCAGAUGUAAGAGAAAGAGGAUGCUGGGUUCUGCAGGGCCAAAUAGAGAAGGAGGAUUACAAGAGAAUACAGAAGUUGCAGUGGGUGCGAAACUGUCUUCCUGUGAGCAACGCUCUUUCAACCCUGACAUUAAAGCAUCUGCAAAAUUACAGAGAAAAACAGGAGUAUUUGAGGAUAUUUAUGUAAAUACAGAAGUGAAUGUAGAAGUGGAAAGAAAACAUCCCAACUGUAAGCCCCAACACCCCUUCUACCCUGAAGAUGAGUCAAUCUAUGAAAAUACCACAGAUUAUGAAAACAUUCAGUAUGGUACCAUAUGUAAAAAAAAAAAACACUGAGUUGAUACACUUAACACAACAGUUAAAUUGUUAACCGCUUUUUCCCAUCUAAGGCAGUGAAUAUCACAAGAGAACAUGCAUCAUUAGUUGAGACAGGCAGUUUUGUUGUUAAUUGUUAAAGUAAUCUCACAGUUUGGUAAAUUCAUCUCACACACACGCCCAACUAAAGAAGUGAGAAUUGAAUGGUUACCAUUAAAAUAGUACAUUAUUACAGUUUGUGUAAGCAUUUUAUUCCCCAAUGUUUACAUUGAUCUUAAGUAUGGAGUUAGAUAGCUGCCAAAAGCUCAAGAGUACAUAUUGUUGGGAUUGUAAAAUAAGCCAUAAUGUAAAUUUGUUAAAAAGGCAUACUGUACAUAAAACUAGUGAUGGCCAUUCAAGGCUUCAUUAGCGCUAUUUUAGCAGCAGGAUAUUAUGCUAGC